UGUAUGACGUGUCGCGGUGCGUUGUUUGUGCGCUUAAAAGCAAUAACAGUUCGGACAACAAACAAACAAAAACUAUUUUUAGGCUGUGAAAAUAUCAAAGUGCUGUAGUGCAAAUAAGCAUAUAUGUAUAUACAUUCAUAAACUGCAGCAGCAAACAAGACAAAAUGUCGCCUUUCGACUGCAAAUCACGGCGUGGCACCAAAAUAUCUGUUAUAUUAUUGGGCAGCGCCCUAUGUAUUGUAAUGAUGGCUUACUUUGUGUUUGGCGACAGCAACGAUGAGCAGGGCUUGAAAAAGCUACGCAUGAUAUCAAUUCUGUUUCGCCAUGGUGCCAAGAAUCCGAGUGGCUUCUACCCAAAUGAUCCACACGCGGCGCUCGAGUGGCGGGAAGGCCUCGGUGCACUCACACAGAAGGGCACCCUGCAAUCAUAUAAGUUGGGCCAAAAUCUGCGCAUGCGCUAUUAUCGCCUGUUGCCCUCGAACAGCAUUUACACACAGCAGCAAGUGCAUGUUCUAAGCUCCGCCGCGGAACGCUGUGUGAUGAGCGCUCAAAGCGUUUUGGCCGGACUGAUGCCGCCGCUGGAGAACAACAAUGUGCUGCCCAUACCCUGGCAGCCGGUGGCCAUAAACACUCUCGCUCGCAAUGAUGACAUUCUGUUGGCGCAAAAGAAGCCCUGCAUCAAAUAUGACACAAUAUUGCAGAAACUAUACAAAACUCCGCCUCCAGAGCUAGAUAAGCUGAACGAGGACAACAAGGCGCUAUAUAAACUACUCAGCAAGAACACGGGCAAGAAUAUUUCCAAUGUGCUGGAUGUGGAACUGUUGUAUACCACACUAAAAACAGAAGAGGAAGUCAGUCUCGCUCUGCCCGAUUGGACAGAGAACAUAUAUCCCGAGGAAAUGCGACCGUUAGCUGAGCGCAGCUACACCUUAUUUACAGAGACACACCUCAUGAAGCGCAUUAAGGGUGGCGCUUUUCUUACCGAAAUACUCAAGAAAAUGCAAAACAAACGCAGAAAGAACUUGAAUCCAGAUCGCAAAAUAUUUCUGUAUUCAGCGCAUGAUGUAACGCUUGUAAAUGUCAUGAAUUCGCUGGGCAUUUUGGACCAGACGGCAAAGUUGCCGGAGUAUGCCUCAGCAUUGGUCUUUGAGCUGCAUCACAGCAAAUCUUUCGCUGAUGGCGAUUUCGAAGUGAAACUGGUAUACUACUUCAACAGCGAGGACAAGUUCCCCAAGGAGCUAACAAUCCCAAAUUGCGAUGCACCCUGUUCGCUAAGUCAAUUUGGUGCUUCGCUGGAGCCUCUUUUGCUAGAUAAUUAUGAUGAUACCUGUGAGAACCCCCUAACGGACUGCAAGAAUUAAGUUAAUUAUUUUAUGUUUUGUUAUAUUGAAAGUAUUUUAAAAUGUAGCUAUGUUGUUAUUGUUGGAGAAU